UUUAAUAAUAUUUUUAUUUAUUUAUUUGAUCUAAAAUUUUAUAAAUAUCAUUUAUAUUCAUAAUUUUGAUGAAAAUUACACUAUAUUAAGUUUAUAUAUUAUAUUUGUGUGUUUUAUACAAUCUUAAACAUGAAAAUGUAUUAAUGUUAUACACAAUUAAAGAUUAACAUGUUUUAUAACAUAGUAAACAAUCUAAAAAUUCUGCUCCGCAUAAUUUCCGAUUAAUCUCCGAUUUUUUCUUUAGGCGUUAGGCCCAAUCCGACCGUCCGACUAGCGCCUAGCGUGUUCCCGAACAGGGGGUUUAGCCCUAUACUGGUGUCUGACACAUAGGCUGCUAGAGCCAGAAGCUAUGAAAGUAAGAACGUAGGGGUCUUUCGGUAUUAUAAAAAUUUGCAUAGUACUUUAUACAGUGAAAGGUUAUUUGGCUAAUUAUAGUGAUUUUAUGUGAAAGGGUACUUUUCACAAUAGCAAUUUAUUACGACUAGAGUAUAAUAAAAUGUGCAUCACAUGGCCCUUUUUCUACCGUUGAUACCAGUCGUGGAAUUUGGGGUUUUUGAAAUCUGCACUGCACCCUAAUACCUUCCUCGUUAAGGCAAUUAAUACAUUUUUAAAUUAAAUACCAUAAUCAAUUGAGUUCUAUCUUAUCCAUCUUUCAGUAAUAAGAGUGAAAAUUCUGUAAGUCGUAACCUUUCUUCUUCCCCCUCUACUGCCAUGGAUUUCUCAACGCCUCCUAUUUUGAGACAGGCUUCAGAUUCUUCAGACAAGAUUACAUCUGCCGAUCCAUACCCUAUGGACCCAUUGUUGGAUCUUGAAUCCGGCACAAACCAUGAGUUGAGCAAACCUGUUCCAGGCGUGUGGCGGGUUCCUACUACCGACCUUUGCUGUAUCUACCGAGUCCCAAACUGUCUGCGUCGAGUUAGCCCCGAAGCAUACACGCCUCAAUCAGUCCUCAUCGGACCUCUUCACUAUUCUUUGAAACUCCAGGCUCUCAAGUCUCGUGGAGAUAUCACAAACGCAAGGUUAAUGGACUACUUAAACAUGGAAGAGCACAAGAAGUUUUACCUAGCGGAAUUCGCUAAAAGGCCUGAAGGGAAAAAUAUCAUUGAUGGAUUCAAGAGAGUGAUCAAAGAAGAUGAAGCUGUGAUUAGGGCAAGCUAUCUGGAAUCAACGGCUUGGAUUAAAUCCCCAAAGUUCGUGGAGAUGAUCCUACAUGACUCUGUUUUUAUACUAGAGUUCAUGUUGAGGCGUUCUGUGGAAGCAGCAACAGAGAAAACUGGGGAUCCUCUCAUUGACGAACCAUGUCUUGCACAAGAAAUCAAUAGAGAUUUAAUCUUGCUCGAGAACCAGAUUCCAUUCUUCAUCCUUGAAAAACUCUUUGAUCCAACAGUUUCAAAACUCCGCAAAAAGACAUUCCACCAAUUAACCAUCAAACAUUUUGAAUUCCAAGACGAGAAGGGAAGAGACGCAAAGUUCAGACAUUUCACUGAUUUGCUCAGGCGUGUCCGCGUGGAGACUGUUCCAGAUCAUGCUUUUGAGAGAUGUUACGAGUCCAUGUAUCAAAUGUAUAAUGCGGAUAAACUAGAUGGUGGGGGAAUUAAAUUUGAGGCCGUGGAAAACCCUUUGUCGGUUUUGGUUACAUUCGAAAAGGGUGUUUUAAAGAUACCCAAGUUCUUCGCUGAUGACGAUGCGGAGAUAACGAUUAGAAACAUAAUGGCGCUUGAACAAUGUCAUUACCCGUUCAACUCUCACGUUUCUGACUACAUCAUGUUCUUGGAUUUCCUCAUCGACACUAAGAAAGACGUGAGCUUGCUUGUCGAGAAAGGGAUAAUAACGGACUGGCUUGGGAACCAUGGUUCCGUGGCCAAGAUGGUGAACAAGCUUUGUUUGGGAGUCUUGGACAAUGGCUCUUUCUAUACUGAUAUCGCAACAAAAGUCAUCAAGCACUACGGGAAUUCAUGCAAUAAGUCACGCUCCAUCCUCAGGCGUGUGUAUUUCAGCAACCUGUGGAGAGGGACAGCCACCCUAGUCGCUGCGUUUCUAUUGCUGCUGAGUCUUAUCCAGGCCGUGACUUCUAUCAUAGAUGUUAUCAAGGAGUGAAAUACUUUUCUCCCUUAAACGUGCUGCACAUUGUCGAAUACUUCGUGUCUGUUUUAAUUUAUAUCUUAUCGUCGUUCAAAUUAUUUAAUUAGCUAGUAGAAACUAGCAACAUCAGCUGUGCUUUCUCGAGAAUAUAUGUGUCACCAAUCAAUCUUUUAUGAUAUUCAAUAAUAUUGUGAUGUUGUACA